CUUGGCUGCAGGUGGUAGCCGGUGGUGCGUGGUGUCUAUGCGUGGUGUUGGCGUGUCAGCGUGCGCGCGCGGGGCUAACGCGCGGCCCGGGCGGCAGUCGCUCGGAGCAGGCGGGCGGCGCGCGUCGCCCCGCGCUUAGUGCACCCUGUGGAACUGCGAUCGCGAUCAGGUACGCGUCGCCGCGGCUGGCGCUCACUGCACACGUGCCCCCGGCGCCUGCAUGUUGCGCUCCACCCGGCGCGUUCUCGACGUCUGUCUGCAUCCCCUAUGAGAAACUUUUAAUAAAUAAUUCGCAUUUCAUUUUAACGCGAACGAUGAGCUGAAGUUAAUUGAGCGAAAUUGACGCCUCCUGCGCCGGCGCCGGGCCGCUCGCUGCGCGUACGCACGGACUCCAUCGAACUUUCUCCUACAUUACUAAUAUCCCCAUUGACUCUACUGUACAUUCAGUGCACAACGCUAGUGUUUCAAAUAGUUAAUUGUUAAAAUUUUCAAUAUUUCAAGUGCCUCAACGCGGUUCGUUAUAGGUAUUAUAGGUGAAUAUUCGAAUUGAUUGAAAGUGGUGAACUAUUUCAAAUUAUUGAUAGUGGACUCGAAUUUUGCUUGAAGAUUGGCCAACUUACUUUUCCAAUGCGGCUUGGAGAUUCACCAAAUAUGACAUAAAGUGAUGGAGCGUAGCGCUGUAAGCAGACAGGUGCACAGAGCAGGCACCGCAGUGCGCGCUCGAAGCGCGAGGUGCGGCGCGGGCGCGGUCGAGUAGCGCGGCGCGGUGGCGGGUGCGCGCGCGGCGGGGGGCGCGGGGGCGGCGCAUGCACGCCACCGGCCACACGGACCGCUCGGGCGGCGGCGGCGGCGGCGGCUCUUGGCGCUUGCCGCCCGACGAGACCCUACAGGUCGCCGACCCCAAGUCAGCCAAGGAAGAGGAAUUAUACCCAGGAGAUGGCCACAAUUGGAAAAGCAUCAUAUUUUCUUUGAUGGUCAUCAGUUGUGUAAUAGCUGGCAUCGUUACAGCGAUUUAUUUACUAGGGUAUGUGGACGAGUUAUUAUACUGGUCGGGUCGUCGUAUGCGACUGGAGCAGUUCCUGCGGGGCGACCUGACCGGGGAGCGGCUGCCCACCACCUGGGUCAACUCCCACCAGCUGGUGUACCAGGCGGACGACGGCGGGUUACUGGCGCUCGACACCUUCAACAACACGCUGUCUGUCCUCGUCACCAACCACACACUAAGGCAGCUGAAUGUGCGCGGGUACCAGUGCUCGCCAAACUUGCGUUACGUGCUCUUCCAACACAAUAUCAAGAAGGUUUAUCGGCGGACGUUUACUGCUCACUAUACCAUUUAUGACGUCACAAAUGACCACCACAUGCCUCUGUUCGGCGACGGGCAGCGCAGCUGGGAGUGGCAGCACGCCGCGUGGCUGGGAACCGAGGGUGCCUUACUGCUGGCCGCCGACAACGAGGUGCUGGCCCGGCCCGGCCCGCCCGCCAAGAUCGCGCCGCUGCUGCGCCUCACCGACGACGCCAGUCCCGGUCGGGUCUACAAUGGAGUAUCCGACUGGUUGUAUCAAGAGGAGGUGACGAAAGCCCCCUCCGCGUCGUGGGGCUCCGCGGACGGCUCGCUGGUGCUGUACGUGCAGUACGACGACAGCGCGGUGUCGGAGCUGCGCUUCCCGCGCAUCUCGCAGGGCAUCGGCGGCGUCGGCGCCGCGCGCUCCGGGUUCCUGCUGCCGGCCUUCAACAACUCCGUGCCUACCGUCUUCCCGGACCACGAUACUAUACGAUAUCCUACGCCCGGAAGUUCAAUACCAAAAGUAACGUUAUGGAUAGUCGCGGUCCAAAAUUCAACGUCACCGCAGAGAUGGGAGAUCAAACCGCCGAACACGUUAGAUGGAAUGGAAUAUUAUCUCAUAUCAGCCCAGUGGGUGGGCAAAGACAACUCUCAUGUGGGGGUGGUCUGGAUAAAUCGAGCACAAAACGUAACGGUUUAUAGCAGCUGUUAUGCACCCAACUGGACCUGUAUGGAGACCCAUUCGGAGAAGGCGACCGACGAGCCGUGGCUGGAAGUGCACCAGCAGCCCGUGUACUCGGAGGACGGCAGCGCGUUCCUGCUGCUGGCGGGCGUGCAGGAGGGCGGCGGGCAGUACUACACGCACAUCAAGCACGUGGACGUAGUGCGCCAGCGCCUCGCCGUGCUCAGCCACGGCCGCGUCGAGGUCGCCGAGAUACUCGCCUGGGACGAGAUCAACCAUUUAGUCUAUUAUUUAGGUUCAGAAAAAGUACAGUCUUACAUACCUAAACUACAACCUGAAAUGCUGAUGGAAGCAAAUCAAAUUAACGGAGAGAGACCCGGUCAGAGGCACGUGUACGUCGUCCAAGACCCGAGCUACGGGGGGGGCAGCAACUCCGUCCGCGCGCGCGCCGAGCGCGAGGAGCCGCGCUGCCUGACGUGCGAGCUGGCGGUGUGGCCGGUGCGGCUGCACUACGCCAACUGCUCCUACUGGUCGGCCGCCUUCGCGCCGCCGAAGCCGAGCGUCGGGAUCACGCACUACGUGCUCGAGUGCGGGGGCCCCGGCCCUCCUUUGGCCGGGCUUCAUGAUGCACAAACGCAUAAGCUAGAGAGAAUAUUAUAUGACACGAGGCCUUAUAAAUCAGUACGGUUACGUGAGCUGGCGCUGCCGACGCGGCGCUCAUUCGACGUGCAGCUCGGCAGCGGCUCCAAGGCGCGCGUGCAGCUGCUGCUGCCGCCGUCGUGGCGCGAGGAACUGCGCGACGCUGCCUUCCCGGUGCUUGUGCAAGUGAACGGCAGGCCCGGCAGCCAGCAGGUGUCGGAGCAGUUCGUGGUGGACUGGGGCACGUACAUGUCCUCGCGCAACGACGUGGUGUACGUGAAGCUGGACGUGGCGGGCGCGCGCGGCCUGCCGCGGGCGCUGCUGCGCGGACGCAUCGGCGGCGUCGAGGUGGCCGACCAGUUGGCUGUUAUUAGAUAUUUAUUAGAGACGUUCAAAUUCUUGGACGUGACGCGCGUAGCGGUGUGGGGCUGGGGCUACGGCGGCUACGUCACGACCAUGCUGCUCGGCUCGCAGCAGGCCACGCUCAAGUGCGGGAUCGCCGUGUCGCCGAUCACGGACUGGCUCUAUUACAAUAGCGCGUUCACGGAGCGCAUCCUGGGCCUGCCGUCGGUGAACUACAAGGGCUACGUGGAGGCGGACGCGUCGCAGCGCGCGCACCACGUGCCGGCGCACGCGCUGUACCUGCUGCACGGGCUGGCCGACAUGAGCGCGCCCUACCCGCACGCGCUGCAGCUGGCGCGCGCGCUCACUGAUGCUGGCGUGCUGUUCCGGUACCAGGCGUAUGCUGACGAAGGCCACGAGCUGAAAGGCGUCAUCGAGCACGUGUACCGUUCCAUGGAGGACUACCUCCGCGAGUGCCUCUCCCUCGACCCCGAGGACACCAAGCUACCGCCGCCCGACAGAUAAGGGUGCCUCCAGCGUCUCCGCACUAUCUAUACCUUUGCUAAACCACCAAACUGCUCAUUUUACCGUCGCUACAUCUCACUACAGGCCACUUAGGGCCAGUUGCACCAACCACAUUUGACAGACUGAUCAACGUCAGCCGGAGCGCCCCGGCGCUUUACUAUGAAACUUUCCAUACAUACAAGCGAACUCUUUAACGAUACGAACAGUUUGGUGCAACCGACCCUUACACCAUCCCACGAACCCGGGGUUAAGCGGUUAAACCGUUAACUCCGUGUCAAAUUGUACUGGUUUAAACAGUUAACCCCGGGGUAGUGGAAUGGUGCAAGUGGCCCUAAGUGUAUAAAUUACUCUUAAAACCAACUAAGAAUGUACGAACAACUUUAGAGUUUCAUUUGUUUGUUAAUCUUUGGUAUGGAAUGUGGAUGAGUGCAGCAUUGAAUUGAAAUGGAUUAAAAUUAGAAUUCAAUACAUACUAACUUGGAUUCGUGAUUCCACCAUAUGAACAGUUAACGAUGAAGUCUACCUAGGAAAAGACACUUCAAUAUAAGGACCUAUCCUAUGGUAAAUAGGAAACUAUAAUAUCCCGGGUGUAACGACGGCCGAUGAGUUUGACGGCGGUUUUAGCGAAUAAAUUAGCAAUAACUGUACCUAUCAGCUUACCUCCGGGGUUAUUGUUAUCAUAUUACUCCCUGUAAAUAUGUACUUAAUGAGAUAGUGCUUUAAUAAAAUGUGUUCCCCCAUUUGUUUAA